AUGCAGCCCGACUUCCGCCACGCGCGGUCGGGCAGCCUGUCGAUCGGGGCCCAGAACGGCCACCCCGGACCACAACAGCAAGGACAGCAGGGGCAGCCAGGACAGCCAGGACAGCAAGGAUCGCAGCAAGGACAAGGUCAGGGGCCGCACGACGCCACCAGUCCGAUGCCCGGCGCACAAGCCCGCUUUGACGGGCCGCGGAGUCCACCGAACACCUCCCACGUGCCCUGCAAGUUCUUCCGCCAGGGCGCCUGCCAGGCCGGCAACUCGUGCCCCUUUAGCCACGACAUUGGCACCGCCAUCGAGACCGUCUGCAAGUACUUUGCCAAGGGCAACUGCAAGUUCGGCCCCAAGUGCGCCAACAUGCAUCUGCUGCCCGACGGCCGCCGCGUCACCUACGGCAAAAAUGGCGUCAUCAUCGGCACCGCGCCCGUCAACCACCCGCACGGCCCGGGCCAGAACAGCCACCUGCCCGGCCUCGGCCACCGCGUCAACCCGGCCGCCUACAUGCAGCCGUCCAACAGCGCCCUCACCAACUCCUUUUUGAAUGCGUCGAGCCAGCCCCAGCCCCAACCCCAGCCCCAGCCUCCGUCAGACGACCGCUACGACGUCCAUGCCGCCGACGCCAGCUACGCGUCCAACCCGACCUCGGCCUACGGCUCGCCGCCCGGCGCCGGGGGCACCGGCUUUGACGAGUUGCAUGCGCUCGCCGGCAACGGCACGAGCUCGCUCGGCCAAGCAUUGCGACAGGCGCAGCAAGGCGGCCAGACGCCGCAACAACAACACCGCAGCCUCCUCGGCCUGUCCCCCAUGAACGCCAAUGUCCUGUCCGUCAUGGACGCCCCGCUGCCCGCGUCCUUUGACUCCAACGGCAUCUCCCACGCCGCGCGCUACGGGCCCUGGCCGUCGUCGGUCCCGUCCAAGUUUGGCCUCGAGUCGCCCACGCCGUCGCUCCACAACGCCAAGGACGAGCGCACCUCGGAGACGCUCAAGAUGCUGCACACGUCGGCCUUUGGCGACCACCUCUCGCCGUCCAGCCUGCUGCCCGCGCAGCCGCACAGCUCGCACCAGCACAGCGCGCACCACCUUGCCGCCGCCGCCGCGACCGGCCCUGCCGCUACCGGUACCGGUACGGCCGCCCACCACCCCAAGACGGCGUCGCUGCUCAACGGCGCCGCGCUCGACGACUUUGGCGGCAAGCGCAUCCUGCACUCGAGCUCGACGCGCUACGCCAAGCCCCGCCUGCUGAGCAGCAGCGUGCCCAAGGUCGACCGCGACUGGGACACGGAGUUUUGGUUCCUCGAGGAGGACUACGUGCCCGCCAACCUGGCCAACGAGGUGCUGACGCCGCAGGAGAAGGCCCGGCGCGGCUCCCUUCGCUUGACGGAGCCGAGCGGGCAUGCACUGGACGGGGGCAGCAACAACCACAACAGUCACAGCGACACACCCACGCCGUCGGCCAGCGCCACCAAGUUUGGCAGUCCGGCCGGUGGCGGCGUCGGCGUGGCCGGCAACAGCCCCAGCCGCUGGAGCCCCUGGCUGCAGCAGCGCCAGCGCAGCAGCGGCGCGCCCCUGCCGGGGUCGUCCUACGGCGCUGGUGGUGCGGGGGUUCUUGUGGACGACGACGUUGAGCCCGGCAGCGUCGGCCGGUCGAUGAAGCACGCCGCCUCGGCGUUUGGCCACGUGGGCAGUCCGCUGCGGAACAGCCUCGCGGGCGGCGGCGGCGGCAGCGGCAGCGGCCGCCACUCCGCCGACGUGCACGGCGGCAGCACGUCGUCGACCAACGGCGUCGGGGGCGAAUUCGGGCACAGCCUGUCGGGCUCGCUGGGCGGCCGCGGGGGCGGUAGCGGUUUUGGAUUUGGUAACGGUGGCGGUAGUGGCGGUGACCGCCCGUCCAUGUCCGUCCUGUCGCAGCAGCUGCAGCGGACGCGGCUGGAGGGCGAGGGCGAGGGCGAAGGCAACGGCGACGACGACGACGCGGCGGCGGCCUCCGGACAGAACGCGCCGCCGCGCCCCUCUUCCACGUCCUCGUCCAGCACGCCGUCCCGGCUGCGCCCCGCGGCGGCGGCACGCAACCCGAGCGCGUCGCUGAGCCAGGCCGCUGUGACGCAGGCCGCGGCAGCCGGCAUCAUCGGCAGCAGCGGCGGUGGUGGUGGUGGCGGCGGCGGUCGGUUCCCGGCGCCCAUUGACGAAGAAGACCCGUCGUUCCUCUUUGACAUGGAGGUGGCCGACGACAGCAAGCAGAAGAACGGCACGGCGGGCGUCGCGACGGCGUCCACCAGCGGUCCCACGUCCCCGUCCGCCGCCACGCCCGCCACCAACAGCCUCUGGGGCUACGCCAACAUUGUCAAAGGGGGCACGGGCGGCCCCGCCAAGGGCGGUGAAACGACCAGUCGCUAG